GGUUAAGGACGCGUUUGCAGUUUGAGCAAAAUUAAGCUGUUUUUCGGUACAUUUUGCGACUAAACCAAGCCAAAUCAAAUAUGACAAAUAACUCCUAGUUAUAGCUUGGGUCUUCAACUAUAAACGCGAGGAAGGUUUUUUUUGAAAAAAUAAAUUUUUGAUAUCAUAAAAAAGUUAUUUCGUAACCCCUUUCUACAAAAUUCAUGAUUCCGGGUCAAGUUUAGGUACAAUUUUCUACUAAGAAUAAAGUAAUUUAAUAUUGAUUUAUUUUUUGUAAAUAGGCAAACAUAGUCAAGAUUAAAUGUGAGGAAAAAAAAUACAGUAUUGUGCUAUGAAUAAGGUUAGAAAAAAUAAAAACAAAACCAAUUUUUUUCACAUAUUUUGCUACUAACGAUGAGUCUUAACAGCUUGAAAUAGGGGUUAUUUUAUUUGUAUUCCUUCCGACCCACGAUUGUGCGAAAGCCUCAUUCUGAGUCAGUCUGCGCUCGGCCGCCGUCGUGAGAGGACACUGUAUCGCUCGUUUCCAGCUGCUCGUGUUGAAAAAGAUCGCUGUAUAAAUACAAAAUAUUCGACUAACCAAAUUUGAUCCUUCUAAGAUGCCGAGAAGUCGAACGUUUGGCAAAAGCUCUCGUAAACAAGUGCUUUCCAGAAAAAAUGCAUUGGAAAAUAUAAGACGACUUCGAGAAGUGAGUCGCAAUUCUAGUGACAUAAGUGAGGUGCAUUCAGAAGAAACAGAUUGUAGUACUUCCAAUAACAAUGACUUGGAGACAUCUUACACCGCUGUGGAUGAAGAAAAAGUAACCUAUCAGAUUUCAGGAAGAAGGCUUAUUGAAAUGGCUUAUUUUAUGGAGCAAUUACAAGGAAUCAGCAAUCAUAAGUCUAUGUUUAAUUGUAAUUUGAGUACAAUUGAACUAUUGAGUGAAAAAAGGUCUGGGCUUCACUCGACCUUUUCAAUUAAAUGCAAAAUGUGUGGUGCUGAAUUCACGUUAGAAUCAUCCAAAAAAACUGAAAAUAAAAUGGACGUGAAUGAAGAAAUUGUCGCUGGUAUAAUGACGAUUGGUGCUGGGGUUACACAGCUUAAUACUGUUUUGUGUCAUGUAAAUAUGCCACCAAUGUCAGUACGAUUGUACCAAGCUAAGCAUGACAUAAUAAGUCGGUGGUGGAAAAAGGCUGCGCAACUCAUGAUCGAGGCGGGUAAAGAGGAGAAAGACAAUGCUUUAGCUAUUGGAAGUGUAAAUACAGAUGGGUUAGCUAUGAUACCUGUAUCGGGUGAUGCAUGUUGGUCCAAGCGCUCUUAUGGAACCAAUUACAGUGCUUCCUCCGGUGUUGGUGCAAUCGUAGGCAUGCACUCAAAAAAAGUAUUAUAUUAUGGUGUCAAAAAUAAAUUCUGCAAUAUCUGUGCACGAGCAGAAAAUAAAGGGGCAUUACCUAGGAAACAUGCUUGUUUUAAAAAUUUUCAAGGUCCUUCUACCGCUAUAGAAGCAGUUGUAAUAACAGAGGGCUUCAAAAAGUCCAUUGGUAUGCAUGGACUUAUCUACCACCAGUUUAUAGCAGAUGGUGAUUCAAGCACUUAUGCUAGCAUUAGGAACGCAAGGCCUUAUGAUAACAUAACUGUGGGUAAAAUCGAAUAUGCCAAUCCCGAAAUUGUUCGGCUAGAAAAAUUACGCCAAAAUUUAAAUCAAAAAAGGCACAACAGAAAAAUUAAAAAGAAAAAGAAUCCAAAGCCAUCUGCAUCUAAAGAUGCCUAUUAUGGUGAAAGUUGCCAAAAGGUGGACAUGAACGAGGAAGAAUUUGAAGAGGCCAAAAAUAAAUUUUUAAAUGCAUUAGAACUUUCGGAGACUGAAAAGGUAAAUUUAGAAAGGGACACAGUUUUGCAGAGUGGCAGUACAUUAUGGCUAGAAACUAGAAGGAAACUGCUGACAGCGUCGUGGUUCGCAGCAGUCUGUAAACGUCGCAUAACCACUGAGUGUGGACCACUAAUAAAACAAAUAUUGUAUCAGAAAGACUUAAGCAAUAUCCCGUCAAUAAAACAUGGCAGAAGCAAUGAAGCGACUGCCAUCCGCGAACUUGCAGCGAUCUUGAAUAUGCCCAUUGAAAAGUGCGGGUUGUUCAUAGACCGAGAAUUUCCCUUUCUUGGAGCAACCCCCGACGGAAAGUGUGAGAUUGGAAUAAUAGAAAUAAAAUGUCCAUCUUCGGCAUAUGGUUUGGAGCCAGACGAUGCCAUUAAACUCAAAAAGUUGAUUUUGGUUGCCUAG